CUCCCGAGACUCGCUGCCAGAACCUGACGUCAUGGACCCCGGUGGAUAACCGUCAGCAGUUCGCUCAUCCCACCACUGCUGCCAAAAACGGGUGCUGCGGUGAGAGUGGUCCCCAGCGCAGCGUGCCCGAUGCCAUGCCAGCCGCCAUGGAGGCCGCUCCACAAGACGGGCGGCCCUUGAAGUGGUACGCCGGGACCAGAGUCCGGGACGAGGCCCAGUCCAUUGUGGCCGCGACGCUGAACCGCUGGCCCCUUUGCCGGACGCCAGCUCGACGGGCUCCGGAAGAGCCCAGAUUGCCAAGCCGCCCCUGUUUUCCGAGCGGGCAGCAUGGACGCCAGAGCGGACGUUUCGAGCGAGGCGAGUGGCAAGAGGAACCUCUGGACCCUGAGCGAAAUGGAAGACGCGGAAGAAGACGACGGGGCGGCUCCGAGGUCGGAAGCGGAAGACACCAAAAAGCAGAACCACAGCGAGAUCGAGAAGCGGCGCCGGGACAAGAUGAACAUGUACAUCAGCGAGAUGUCGUCUCUGGUACCCAUGUGCAAGGCGAUGUCUCGCAAGCUGGACAAGCUCACCGUGUUGCGCAUGGCUGUGCAGCACAUCAAAACGCUCCGAGGUUCCAUCAACUCGUACACCGAGGGGCAUUACAAACCGCCUUGGCUCACGGACGAAGAACUCAAGAAUGUGAUACUUGAGGCAGCUGACGGGUUCCUGUUCGUCGUGAGCUGCGACCGAGGCCGCAUCCUCUUCAUGUCCGAAUCCGUGCAGCAGACGCUCAGCUACUCUCAGGGCGACCUCUUGGGCCAAAGCUGGUUCGACAUUCUUCACCCAAAGGACAUAGCCAAGGUCAAGGAGCAGCUGUCCUCGUCAGACCUGUCCCCCAAGGAGCGACUCAUCGACGCCAAGACGAUGCUGCCGCUCAAGGGCGACUUCCCGCAGCGGCAGAGCCGGCUCUGCCCCGGCGCCCGGCGCUCCUUCUUCUGUCGCAUGCGGUGCAAGACGCAGGCCACCGUCAAGGAGGAGGCGGACACGACCACGGGCGGCCAGCGGCGCCGAAAGUCGCACAGCUUCGACCGCCGCUACUCCAUCAUCCACUGUACGGGCUACCUCAAGUCCUGGGCACCGACCAAGCUCAGCCUGCCGGAGGAAGGGGCGGACACCGGCGACAGUGAAGGCUGCAACCUGAGCUGCCUCGUAGCUGUUGGAAGAGUGCAUGGCGAGCUGACCACGGCUCCGCGGACCAGGGCGUCCCUGGAUGUGGAGCCGAUCGAAUUUGUUUCCCGGCACGCCAUCGACGGGAAAUUCCUGUUCGUCGAUAAGAAAGCUACCUUAAUAUUGGGAUACCUGCCUCAAGAGCUCCUAGGAACUGCCUGUUACGAGUAUUACAGUCAAGAAGACGUUCUACCGAUGUCAGAGUGCCACAAAAAAGUUCUCCAGACUACCGAGAGCGUGUGUACGCAGCCAUACAAGUUCCGAGUCAAGGGAGGAUCCUUCGUGUGCCUUCAGACCAAGUGGAAGACCUUCAAAAACCCCUGGACCAAGGAGUUCGAGUGCCUUGUCGCCACCAACACGCUGCUCAGGUCGCAGGAGGUGGCGAUCGUGGAUAGCUCCAACGGUCAGAUGGACGAGCUGCUGGCGGGCGGGACGGCGCAGCCGGCGACCCGCGCCAUGGACGCCGUGCUCCGGUCCCUGCCGCCCGGGGAGUCGUGCGCAGCGAGGCAGUCGCCGUUGGCCGGACGCCUGGGUGCAGGCAAGGUUGGCCGACAAGUCGUCGAGCACGUCCUCGGGGCCAGAGCUCAAGACGCUUCCGAGGGCGCUAGUUCGUCGACUCUCCCGGAGGCCGCCCCUUUGACUGCUGCGUCGGGUCAGCCAUCGACCACUGAGGAGGCGAGCAAGACGGGUCCCAGCACGAGCUCGGCCGGCACGGAGGACCACAACGGAAACAGCGUCCCGGCCGAUUCUCCGGAGGCCCGCAAACUGGACUCGGCAGCGGCCGGGUUCACGACCACGUCUCCUGGCAGCGUAGCCACUGCGGAAUCCGACGCUGCAGAGCUGGAGCUGAUGGACAGUCUGGUGAGCCGGGACAUGCUGAGCAGCUCCGGCACCCAGGGGAACAGCGAGGGCAACGACGAGGCUGCCAUGGCCGUCAUCAUGAGCCUCUUGGAAGCGGACGCCGGGCUUGGUGGACCGGUGGACUUCAGCGGCAUACCGUGGCCCCUUCCCUGAGGGACACCCUGCCCUGCAAAGCCUGUGCGCCCGGCCAUUACUCUGAGAGUCAAGCUGGAAACAAAACAUCCUACCUACGGCACGUCCUUCAGCCCCUGGGUCAUUUUGUAGAAUACACAUUGACGUUUGAGAAGUG